AUGACGGGCGGCCUGAGGCUCGGCUUCGCUGCUCGCUUGCUGGGAAUUUCGAUACUGGAGGUCGCGGAAAGCGACGCACAGGCAGCCUUCGAUGCGUUCUUGAAUUGCUCGGGUAAAUCAGCGAGGCUGGGCGCCAUCCAGGCAUGCUGUGGAUGUGAAGUCGACGUCAAUAAUUUUGCCCAUCACCUUCCCGCGGACAUGCUCGAAUGCGCCGAGGAGGAUGUCGAUUUGAGCACGGCAUACUACCCAAACGACGAGAAAUACGAAUCCCAAUGGAACCUGAGGAAAAUCGGAGCAGAGCGUGCUUGGAACGUCACCAUGGGAUCCCCGCGCGUUGCGGUGGCGGUGAUCGACACUGGCGUGGAUUACAACCAUCCCGACUUGUGGGACAACAUGUGGGUCAACGAAAGGGAGACACCUGGAAACGGCAUCGAUGACGAUGGGAAUGGUUACGUGGACGAUUACUACGGCUAUGACUUCAUCAACGACGACGGGGAUCCCUUCGACGACCACGGGCACGGGACGCACUGCGCGGGCGUCAUCGGAGCGGUGGGGGGCAACGGCAUUGGCGUGGCGGGCGUGGCUCCCAGGGUCCGCCUCAUGGCGUGCAAGUUCAUGGACAAGUACGGCGCGGGAGUACUGUCGGAUGCGGUCAAGUGCCUUGAUUACGCGCUGCAGAUGAACGCCAGCAUCAGCUCCAAUUCCUACGGCCACCCUCAGCAAUCCCGCUGCAUGGCGGCUUCCCUUCAGGCGGCGGAGCGACGGGGUCAUCUCUUCGUUACCGCGGCUGGAAACGAAGCGACGGACAACGACGCAACCCCCUCUUACCCCGCCAGCUACAGCCACAGCUCCGUUCUCACCGUCGCCGCCACGGACAUCAACGACAACCUGACCGCAUUCAGCAAUUAUGGCGCGAAUUCCGUGGAUGUGGCAGCCCCUGGCCACAGCGUACUGAGCACCGCACCGGGUGGCUACAAUUCAGAUUCUGGGACAUCGACAGCGGCGCCCCUAGUUGCAGGUAGUGAUGGAUGUCAUCUUGUGCUGUGGGAUGGCAUCCCACUUUUCAUUCUCAUUCCUGUGGACUGCGUUUACUUCCGUGCAGUCUGUGCGCUUUGCGUACACGGAUUUUCGGUGUUUCGCCACACAAAUCUGCAACAGCAGUUGGCGAUCGGAGAGGCCUUACUCAGUGCACGAACGUGCUCACAGUUUCAGAGUUUCAUGAUAUUCUCAUAUGUGUGA